AUGGAGGAGGAAGACAGGCAUGACCUGCUGUGUCAGAGGGAUAGAGAAGAAGAAAGAGCAGAAGAGACAGAGAAAGAGAACCUGCUGACAUGCUUUGUCGAUUGAUUGGAAUGGUUCUACAUUUGGAUGAGCUACGUUCAUUCAGCUCUUUUCCAUGGUCUUCCAUGAUCGGGAUAUGUGCAAUCACAGUUUUUCUCAAUGCAGCUGGCAGCAUGGGGAUGCAGCUGACCUCUACUGGUCCUCAGACCGUCCAGAGGGCCCAGGGGGAGAGAAUGACCCUGGUGUGUACAUACACACCUGACCCCUCGGACACUGGAGAGCUGGAUAUUGAGUGGUCAGUGGUCAGCCCAGAUGCCACCCAGAAGGACCAACUGCUGUUGUCCUAUGCAGGUGGGAAUAAGUACAUCCAUGGUAACCCUGGUCUAACUAAGGGGCUGGACUUUGCUGCUGGCGACCCUUCCCUGGGUGAUGCGUCCCUCUCCAUCGCUUUCCUGUCACCAGCCCAUUCUGCCACCUACCAGUGUAAAGUCAAAAAGUCACCGGGAGUGGACAUGCAGAAAGUGUCCCUGGUCGUGAUGGUGCGUCCUUCGGUGCCUAAAUGCUGGGUGGAGGGUAGGGAGGCAGUGGGGGAGACUGUCUCCCUGCACUGCAAGUCAUCCGAGGGGUCCUCUCCCCUCAACUACGCAUGGAAGAGAGAAAGAGGAGGUCCCAUCCCACCCUCAGCCACACAGAACCGUGUGACUGGGGAGUUGUUGAUCAGCAAUCACUCUGAGAGCUUUGUGGGGAUUUACAUGUGUGAGGUGACCAAUGCUGUGGGGGACGAGAGGUGCAGAGUCAAACUGACAGCUAACAAACCCCCUAACAGAGCAGGAGUGAUAGUGGGUACUGUGGUGGGUUGUCUACUGCUCAUCAUCAUUCUGGCGAUACUCAUAUGGCUCCUCAUCUACAAGUGUGAUGCAAGGUUCACACGCUAUGAGAAGGAAGUGUCUAACGAUAUCAGGGAGGACGUCCCAGCCCCAGACAGCCGGCCACACAGCCGAGGCAGCAGCCGGGGUGCAAGCCUCCACCCUGGGGUAGCCUACAGCCAGGUGGGAAUGCAACAGAUGGGGCACUCAGAUCGAGGACACACACACAUCCCAUCCAGCAGCACUGGAUACACACCUGUCAAAUAUGACAGCAGAUACGGCUUCGCUGUGUGAUCGGAGAGAAAGAUGAUAACUAUCGUGUUUUGCAGGGUGAAAUUAGGUACAUUCCCUAUUGUGACUUUGAAAGGCAUUUCAUCAGUGGGUUUUAAUCAUAUAAAAUACCAUGAUAAUUCAUUUUAAAUUAAUACUGUUGAUAGAUGUUGCUUUGGCAUUGGAAUAAGAUAACAAGCAAAUACUACAAAGGAAGCAGAACACACAGAGUUCUUUAUUCUCCAAAUAAUUUUUCUAAGUCAUAAUAUCAAAGCCACAGUCUACGAUUUCCAGUGAUUCAUUUUCAUGUAAUAAAAUAUACCAUUUGAUUUAGCAGAAUAUUAUAAUACCUCAAUGAUAUUGGAUAACAUUACCUUAUCAUAAAUAAAAAACAAGUACCUAUUACUCAAUUUGCUCCUUUUUAAUUUUUUUUAAAUAUUUCACUAGUUUUGUGCACUAGUUUUACAAUAUAUUUUAAAAGUUUAAAUGUUGUCCUUGUAGUAAUUAUUUACUAUAUGUAUGUUUCAGUUAAAUAAAUGUCUCCUAAAAGUC